UUUCUGUGAUCAGGUGGGUUGAGGCUUCCUGGUAUUCCCGUGGGAACCAGGACUUUCAGGGGAGCCAUCAGCUGCCCUGUCACUAGUAAGCACCCAGACAGUGCCACUUCUGUCCCCACAAAGUCUCCAGCAGCUUCAACUCCGUGGCAGAGGCUGCAACGUGCCCGUCUGUGGCUUUUGCAAAUCUCUUUCCUCCUCUGCAAAACAGCACAGUGCAAAGCACCGAGGUGCAAAGCUGUGGGGGUUGUUACAGCAGGGUGGUGGGAAAAGGUAUCCUUCAGCUAAAAACAGUGCUAUUUGGGUCAUCCCCUCCCCUCCAGGCUGCCCCCACAACCAGCCUGCUCAUGCUGUUGAGACAGACACAAAUUUCCGGAGGUGCCAGCCAGAUUCCUUGAGAUUGAGGGAAAGCUAAACUAAAAUAAACCUGGUGUAUCUGGGUGCUUUAAUUUGCAGGAAGAGCCGAGCAGCAGCAGGCUGGUUCCCAGCUGAAUCUUUCCUGUUGUAUCAAGCAUAAAUUCAUCAGGUAUUCCAUUUCCUGGGGAAAAAAAAAAGGCAGAAUAAUUCACUUAGAAAUAAAGAGUAGAGCUAUUUUUCCCUCUGACAUGGUGAAUGCAAUUACCUAAGGCAUGGGAGGCUGAGAUAACUCACUUAUUCAGCCCCCACUCUGCAAGGAAACCAUCAUCAUUCUGUCAGAAAAGGCUUUAUAAAAGAAAUCACAUCCUGAAUGCUAAAACAUCACCACGUACAGAAGCUGUCCUUAUGAUUUCCACGCACUAGCUGCAGCAUCACAAGCAAAACACACACAUAGACAGGGAAGAGUUUGUUAUUGUAAGGGCUAUAUACACCAUGCAAGCUCCAGAAAGGGUUUGCUGACCCUUCUCCCAGUGUGGUUGUCCUUCUUCAGGAGCAAUUCCCAGCACAGCAAAGCACACUGGCAUCCUUUUAGCAGUGUGGGAGCCAUGCUGGAGCUGGGAAAAUGUGCACGGGGAGAGUCCCAAGCUCUGUCUGCUUGGAGAGCUCAACGAAGGGAAGUCGUAAGCCUGUGCUUGCCCCCAAAUUUAAUUCCAUUUAGGCUGCACCCUCCCACCUCUUCUGCCCUUACAUAAUGGAGAGUGGAGUAAUGACUUUCAGCAAUGCUGUUUGAGUGGCAGCAGCCCAAUUCUGGACUGUAUAUUUUUUUUUUUUUUAUGGUGGGGGGAGAGCAGGUUGGCAGAGGGGAGAAAGCAUCAGUUUGGUUUGUGUGCAAUCCCUGUUUUGCUCUGGGAGCUUUAGAGGACAGACACAUUCUUCCAUCUCCGCUAAUCCUCCUCUGAUACAGAGGAUUUUCCUGCCAUUAAAUGAUAGCUUGUGAGAAAAAAAUGCCAACUUUUCAGGGGCUGACUCGCAUGGCUAAUGGCAGCCUCAUGAGCAGGAGGGAGGACACAGCCACUGCCUGGCCAGGUAAGCAACGCAUCCGGAUGAUUUCUGUUGGGAAUUUUAGUUUCAACUAUUUGAUCCUAAGCUGGUUACGCUCCUCUGUACCACCACCUAUUUCCUGGGGAGGCAGCCAGCCUGUUACUGUUGGUGACCUUUCCCCACAUCAGAUAAUAGGAACCUGACCUUGGCACGGCUGAUGGAAAGGAUGUGGAUGAGCUCCCAAAAAGCAGUGGCAGAAAGCUGCAGGAUUCCCUGAGAAGGUCAGUGUUGGAAGAAAGAUACUCACCAGGAAGGUGUUGGGGACUUCUUCAUUUUGAAAGUGUGUGAGAGAAGAGCUUUUUUUCUUCAUCUUCCUUUCUAAACAUAGAUCAUUUUGUGGACAAAUGAUACAGGGAAAUGACAGAGGAUGAAACCUGUCUCUGUUCUUCCCAUGUGCUUUUAGAUCCCUCAAGUUUGCUUGCCAGACCUGAAAUGCCACUAGGGAAUAAUCAAGGUAAUGUUUGCCAUCAUUUUAAAUGUGAUCCUUUGGAUCCCUCAUGUCCACGGGGUUUGGGCCUGUGUCCGGUCCUGCCCUCCCAACUGUGUGUGCACCCAGGAGCGGAGCUGCUCCGUCCUCUGUGACCGCGCCGGCCUGGGGCAGAUCCCCAGCGAGUUCCCUUGUGAAGCCUCUUCUAUCAACCUGGACAAAAACAGCAUCAAGUUCCUCUCCGAGAGGGCCUUUGGGACCUUGCCUUCCCUCAAAUCCCUGUCGCUUAACCACAACAACAUCUCCUUCAUCACCCCGGGGGCUUUCAAGGGGCUGCCCAGCCUGACCGAGCUGAAGAUGGCCCACAACGAGUACAUCCGCUAUCUCCACACGCGGACUUUCACCGCCCUCAGACGGCUGGUGAGGCUGGACCUGGCGGACUGCAACCUUUUCAACAUCCCAGACAGGAUCUUCAUCGAGCUGCCUGCUCUACAGGAGCUCUUCUGCUUCCAGAACAACUUCCGAAGGAUCCCAGGUGCCAUCAGGGGCAUGGAAAACCUGACCCACGUUUACCUGGAGAGAAACAGGAUCGAAGCGGUGGCCUACAACUCCUUGCAGGGCCUGAGCAAGCUGAAGUACCUGAAUCUGCAGGACAACAAGAUAAAUGUCAUUCACGAGCGAGCCUUUCAGGCCUGUCAGAAGAUGGAGUACCUGUACCUGAACGACAAUUUGAUCAGCGAGCUUCCAGAAAACUCCUUCGAUGGCCUGAGGCGCCUGAAGAUGCUCAACCUGGGGGGGAAUUUUCUCAGGAACGUUUCCAACACCUGGUUCAGGGACCUGGGGGAGCUGGAGAUCCUCUACCUGGACCGUAACAGGAUCAGCUACAUUGAGGAAGGGGCUUUUGAGAACCUCACCAGCCUGGUCUCGUUGCACUUGAACAGCAACAACCUGACGACCCUGCCCUUCUCUGUCUUCGAGCCGGUGUAUUUCCUCGGGCGGCUGUACCUGUUCCGCAACCCCUGGGAGUGUGACUGCCGCAUCGAGUGGCUCAAGGAGUGGAUGGAGAAUUACAGGCUUGUCAGGGAUAUUCCUUGUGCCUCCCCCUCCUCAGUAGCUGGGAUUGACCUGACGGACGUGCUCUACGAGAGGUCGCCAGAAGGUUACUGUCUCGACCCGGUGGAGCUAAACAUCACGUCUGAGGGUCCGACCCCAAGUGAAGAGCCUUGGUCUACCACAGAGAGCAAGUUCAACAGCCUUAUCUCCAAACUCUUGCUCCAGAUGGGCCUUCCCGAAGAGGUGUCAAACGCCACCGAAGUCUACAGUAACACCACGCAGCUGGAUGGACAGACCGAAGGGGUUUCUUCUGGCGUGGGGGAAAAGAGUAUCGAGGCCGACUCCUCUUCUUUUUACCUCCCAGCACUUUUUACAGUGAUUGUUUUGCAGUGCAAAUAGUCCAAGGGCUGUCUGGACUGACCAUGGGUCCUGCUUAAGCGUUUAGUCCUUGCACCUACUUAGUCAUUAGGGAGAAGUUUGUACUGUGGGCCUAUGAUACAUAACUGGCUCCAAACUCUUCCAGGCUGGGUUGGUUGGAUCUGGCUCCAGAUUCCCCUGGGAGCUGGUGGGAUCCAGUUCAAGGCUGGUCCCACUCUGGGUAAGAGACCUGCCCUUUGGGUGUCUCAGAGCCUCCUGGAUACUCACAGAGCUCUGUGGAAGACGAGUAGUAGCAAGGUUGAGUUUUGCCUAGAGAGACUUGUGAUGGUCCCUGUACCUCGACAGGAUUUUGAUCCAUUCUCCCUCUGCUAUCCUGGCACAGAUGCAGGAGAACCAGAUGGACCCACGUUUGUCAAAAUAUUCUUCUCUGAGGCAAAGCUACUUAACAACAUACUUAUUAGUGUCAUUUCAAUGUAUUUAAUUUUAUUCAAUUAAUAUAUGGUUACAAGGAAUACACUGUUUUUAUUUGUAGAUUAUUUCAUGGCAUGGCAGCAGGGGCAAAGCAUGGUGAUGACAAAUGCAACCAGGCUCUACUAAAUAUUUUAUAUGUCCACCACUAAUGUGUACCACAUACUGUAUCACAUUACGCCAUACUAACCAACCAUGCUGUCAUUUUCUUUUAUAUGGCAUCUUACAUGUUUUAUCUUUGAAAUCUUCAAUGAAAGCUGCUAAUAUGACCAGAAAGAAUAAUAAUGUUUUAUGUAUCAAAGCACAUUAAUAAAAUAAUUUGAUAUUUUGCUCACAAAAGUAAAUUAACUGCUUGACCUCCCUUUUUUUUUUUUGAGAUCCUUGAAUAACUCCGGUGGGGUUUUUUGUAGGCUACUCAAAUUGGGUGCAUAUGAAUGUCCUUUCAUGGUCUAGAGCAAAUGGCAAGCUGUUUAUUGCAGCAUAAAUAUUUUCACUUGGAGCCUGACCACACUUGCAUUUGUGUUAAGCAGAAACACUUUGAAAUAUAAGUAACUAUAUAGAAA